AUGCAUCGCGGAGAUUCUUCGAGAGAGAGCUUCAGAGAUGGAGGUCGGCCAAGAAGAGAUUCCUGGAAUAAUAGGAGACGCACAAGUUCUGGCAGACCAUUCGGUGGUGAUAACGAAACCGCCAUGAAUCCAAGUGAGGAACCAGUUUCGUUUGAGAAAAACUUCUAUUUUCCGACAGAGACGUUGAGUGAGAAAGAGGCAAGGGAGCUUAGAGAAUCUAAUAGAAUGAGACUUGUGGGAAAUGACAUUCCGCUACCUAUACGGAGCUUUUCUUCAGUGAGUUUUCCAGAAGAAGUAUUAAGGCAUUUUGAAGCAAAAGGAUAUGCCAAUCCCACGCCCAUUCAAGCACAGGGAUGGCCCAUGGCCCUUAGCGGGAGAGAUAUGGUUGGUAUUGCAGAUACUGGUUCUGGCAAGACGAUUUCCUUUGUGCUUCCAGCACUAAUACAUGCCCAGAGCCAGCCGCCACUGAGAGAAGAUGACGGCCCCAUCGUAUUGAUUCUAGCACCAACUAGAGAAUUGUGCACCCAAAUAGAGACAGUAGUCAGGGAAUACACUCCAUACUAUAAUUUGAGAAGUUGUGCGGUUUACGGCGGAGCAUCCAUAGUUCCACAGAAACGGGCUUUGAAGAGAGGAAUAGAGGUAUUGGUUGCUACUCCAGGACGAUUAAUUGAUUUGCACAAGCAGGGGUUCUGCCCACUUGGCAGAGUUACAUUUCUGGUUCUUGAUGAGGCAGACAGAAUGCUUGAUAUGGGAUUUGAGCCGCAGCUCAAUGCUAUUAUUCCACAAACUAACGAGAAUAGACAGAAUCUCAUGUGGAGUGCUACUUGGCCGAGGGAAGUGAGAGCCCUUGCUGCAAACUACAUGAAAGACUACAUUCAAGUCACUAUUGGAGAUGAAGACUUGAAAGCUAACGUCAAGAUAGUCCAGAAGGUCGAUAUAGUAGAUUGGCAGGAUAAAAAGAAGAAGCUUCUGUACUAUCUACAGGACUUUAAGACAAGCAGAGUUAUAGUGUUUUGCAAUAUGAAAAAAACCUGCGACACUUUGGAAGAUUAUCUGCUUGAUAAUAGAUUUCACGUGGCAGCACUGCAUGGUGAUAAGUCCCAAGCGGCCAGAGAUACAGUAAUCCAAAAUUUCAAGUCAGGAAGAAUAUCUAUACUUAUAGCCACUGAUGUGGCAGCCAGAGGAUUAGACGUAGAGAAUGUGAAGUGCGUUAUAAACUACGAUUUUCCAAAGAACAUUGAAGACUAUGUUCACAGAAUAGGAAGGACAGCCAGAGGAUCCUCUUCGGAGGGGCUGGCGUAUACGAUGUUUACGGGUGAAGACGCGCCCAAUGCAAGAAAGUUGAUUGAUAUAAUCAGGCAGGCGAACCAGACAGUGCCAACAGACCUUGAGAGCAUGGUGAGGAGCUCACGCGGACGUGUCCUGCAGAGCAACUACAGAAGCAGUAGUCGUUCCCAGCACGGGUCGGAUCGCAGAGGCUCAUUUGCAGGUGGAUAUGGCGAACGGCCAAGACGAUCGUUUUAUUAA